CUUGCAUGAAAGCGGUCACACUAAUUGACAGACGCCCCGUUCUGCUGAAAAAUUUAUUUUAUUUAAGUUGAAGACAAUCAACAAUGGCUGAUUCGGACGACGAAUACGACCGUAAACGGCGUGACAAAUUCCGAGGGGAGCGCAGCGAAAGUUACCGCACGGAACGCCGAGACGAACGUCGACCUGUGGGCGGAUCAGCUGGAGCUCGGGACGAGUGGGCAGAACGCAAUCCCUUCAGGGGCGGAGCUUCUGCAGGCGGGAGCGGAGGUGCCCGUCAUAGACCGGACUACAGCGACUACCGGGGUCCGGGGCCUAGGCCCCGCUAUGGGUCACCCGGCCGAGAUAUGCCACCCGGUAAAAGAAUGCGCCCUGAUUGGGGUGACGCAGAUGCGCGCCCCAAUCCCCGGUUUGGGGGUUAUGACCCGUAUUUAAUGCAGGCCUGGAGUGACCACUACCAGUCCAUGCACACACCCUAUUCCCACGUGGGGCAUGGCCCACCUUCUCGGGAGCCCGUGAGCGUCGGCGGGGACACACUAACACAGCCGGCUAUGCUGAACCUGAAACAGUUCCUCGACACCCAGGAUGAAAACAUCUCCGACUCAGAGGUGAUGCGCAAGUACACCGAAUACAAGACAGACUUCAAACGCCAGCAGCUAAACGAGUUCUUUGUGGCUCACAAGGACGAGGAAUGGUUUAAAAAUAAAUACCAUCCCGAGGACAGUGUAAGGCGCAGCGAUGAACAACGAGGCUUUCUACAGAGGCGAACUGAUGUUUUUGUGGAGUUGCUAGAGAACGGAGCUAUUGGGGGGGUCAAGGUGGAUUCCUCUCAGGGUGAUGCCCUGAUCCGACUGUUGGACACCUGCGUUAUUAAACUCGAGGGCGGCACUGAUGAGGACCUCAAAGUGCUUGACGAAAAGCCUAAGGAUCCAGUGAUCUAUGAGCGAAAUUCCGAUCCUAUAGACUCUACAAAGUCGGUAGAGGAAACCAUAAAGAGUCCCACUGGGGAAAAGCUGAAUGAAAAAGAUUCGUUGCCAGCAGUUGUAUCUCCACAGCGAAAAAGUCUAAAACCUGUGAAUUCUGACGAGGAGAACUGGGACGAUGAGGAAGCAGAAAAGGUGCUGCCCAAAAAAGAGUUCAAGGAGGAUUCAAAAGAAAUCGAUUUGAGCGCUGUGAACAAACAGUCGGAUACAAAAAAGACAAAGAAACGCAAACGAAAUAGCAGCGAUGACGACAGCUCUUCAUCUGACUCGGAAUCUAGCUCUAGUUCAGAUGAUGAGAAGCUUAAAGAGAAGUACGAUGUGGAAGAAGGCCUUAGAAGCGAGCAAAAAGCCGAGGCAGAAAGGGACAGACAAGAUGCGGCCAAAGCAAAGGAGGCACCAGAAAGUCCUAAACCAGAUGAGGUUAACGAAAAGAAAAUUUCUGAACCUGAAGAUCAAUACCCAAAAAGUAAGACAACCGAGGAUGAUGAAGCAGAAAAGAUACUGGAAACAUCUUCGAUAGCUCUUAAAAAGUCCGCAAAUAAAGACGAAAACGAAACAGAAGAGGGAGAACAAAAGCCUUCUGCUGAUGAAAACAAGGUUGUCGAAGCCGAAACUAUUGACUUGGACAAAAUAAAGGAUGGACAGCCAAGGGCCUUGCACCGCACCUCUUCAAUAUUUCUUCGCAACUUGGCCCCCUCCAUUACCAGAGCCGAAAUCGAGGCUGUGUGCAACCGUUUUAACGGCUUUCUGAGGGUGGCUAUCGCAGAUCCUUUGGCAGAGCGCCGUUGGUAUCGCCGAGGAUGGAUAACAUUUAUGCGCUACGUUAACAUCAAAGAGAUUUGUUGGGGUCUGAAUAAUCAGCGUCUACGAGAUUGUGAAAUGGGAGCUAUAGUCAAUCGAGACUUGAGUCGGCGGGUACGCCCAGCCAAUGGCAUAACUGCCCACAAGCAAGUGGUGCGAUCCGACAUUAAGCUAUGCGCUAAAAUCGCUCUGAAUCUGGACGAGAAGUUCAGGCUUUGGACGUCAGCUACAGAUGGGUCGAAUGCAAACUGUACGAGUGAAUCCUCAGGGAAUGGGAGCGGCUCUACAUAUGGCUUUAAUUCGAAAAAUCCUGUAUUGCAAAACAUUACCGAUUAUCUCAUCGAAGAGGCGUCGGCCGAGGAAGAAGAGCUUCUCGGCCUCACCGGUGAAAAUAAGGACAGUGAGGGAGAACCCAUAGAGCGGGACGAGCAAUUAAUAACCGUGUUGGACCGCUUGGUUUUGUACUUGCGAAUUGUGCACUCCGUAGACUAUUACAACCACUGCGAAUAUCCAUACGAGGACGAGAUGCCAAACCGCUGUGGCAUUAUCCAUGCCCGAGGUCCAGCUCCCGUUCGGGUUACCAGUAACGAUAUUCAGGAGUACAUCAAGACGUACGAGAGCAAAUUGCAACAGUUUCUUACGAAGAUAGAGUUACUAAGCGAUGAAGAGAUAAAGGACCUUGGAGCCAAGGACGCCGAGACUGAGGUGGAAAAGUUUGUGCAGGCUAACACUCAGGAGCUGGCGAAAGACAAGUGGUUGUGCCCAUUAUCGGGCAAAAAGUUUAAGGGUCCCGAGUUCAUCCGCAAGCACAUCUUUAACAAGCACGAGGAGAAGGUCGACGAAGUACGAAAGGAGGUGCAGUACUUUAACAACUACCUGCGCGAUCCCAAGCGCCCACAGUUGCCAGAGCAUCCAGGCAGCUCCAAGCGCUUAGAAUCGGAGUCUGCCCGAGGAGGCGGAGGAGGCUACCGCCCGCCAAUGUACUCACCCUUUUCGGCAAUGCCUUACGGUUUUGGGACACUCAUGAUGGGGGGUCGUGGAGGACGCAAUUUCCCUCCCGUUCGCAGAGAAUUGCCUUUGGAACACCAGCGCCGGCUUAUCGGUUACCAUGAUUUGGAUGCGCCUGCCAAUUCCGAUAUGUUUGACUAAUUGAUUAGCACAAUACUAAUGAAUAUAAGCCAUCUCGAUGCAGCUUUUAUCGUUUGGCGAGGUUGGCUCAAGUUUUAAAAGCAAUUCAAGCAAUGCAUAUAAAUAUGGUUUAUAUACGUCUACUGAUAUCCGUUUUCCUGUACAAUACUAUGCCAAUUGUAUUUAAUAAUCCGAUAAAUAACGUUGCUAACUUUCAUUUUCCCGAAAUAAAUGCGAAUUCAUAGCCUAAAAAACUGUAA